UUCUUCUCUCCAUUUGCUAGACCCAUCUGAUCUCAGUCUCAGACUCUCAGCUUUUGGCCUUCACCUUUUGAUAACUGCCACAUUAUUGUUUUGCAUUAGUUCCUGUUUUCCUUUCUACAGUCUUUUGUCUCCUGGCUUUUGCAGAGAGAAAGGAAGAUUAAAUUAAAAAAAAAAGUUGGGCCAAAUUCAAAAAAAGGCAGAAGAUCCAAACAUCAAUUCCUACAUAGUUUUCCCAGAUUUCCCUCUCUUUCUUUAUUUGUUCCCGUCUUUGAACAAGACAACAAUACAUUCCUCUCUGUUCUGUGUUUUUUCAACAGGAAAUGAAGGUUGCUCCUCCUCUUCUUCUUCUACCCAUUUGGGCUUCUUGCUUUCCUCUUCUCAGUAAUGCUAGACCAGAGCCCUUGUUUUCCACAAUUUCUGCACCUGCCUUGUCCCCUGAAUAUAAACCCACUUCUCCAGUUUCUGCAACAAUGGCGGCACUUUCUCCAGGGGUGGAAGACGAAAGAGCACAGGAACAUCAUCACUUAGAUAAGAAAUUGCUAAUACCACUUAUUUUUACAUCCUCUGCCUUGGGUAUAAUCAUGUUAUCGCUCCUUUGCUGCUGGGUUUGUCGACGAAAGAACUCAAAAAACUCGGAUCCAAAGAGCAUACGGAGCUCAGGUUCAGCUUUGGGUAAAUUAAAUUCCUUGAAGACGACUGGUAAGAAGGUACCCGUUUCUGUGUUUGAUUAUCAGUUGUUAGAAGCAGCCACAAACAACUUCCGGGAAAGUAAUGUUGUGGGGGAAGGUGGCUUUGGAUGUAUUUACAAGGCUCGCUUUGAUGAAAACUUUCUUGCUGCUGUAAAGAGACUAGAGGGUGGAGGGCAGGAUGCAGAGAAAGAAUUUGAGAAUGAGGUGGAUUUACUGAGUCGCCUACGACAUUCCAAUAUAAUUUCUCUUCUGGGUUAUUGCAUUCAUGCUGAGACAAGGUUUCUUGUUUGUGAAUUGAUGCAGAAUGGAUCUCUUGAAACCCAAUUGCAUGGACCGUCUCAUGGGUCAGCUUUAACUUGGCACAUCAGGAUGAAAAUUGCUUUGGAAACAGCAAAAGGUUUAGAAUAUCUACACGAACACUGCAAUCCUCCAGUAAUCCAUAGGGAUCUAAAGUCAUCAAAUAUUCUUCUAGAUUCCAAUUUCAAUGCAAAGCUCUCUGAUUUUGGUCUUGCUGUAACUUCUGGGGCCCAAAACAAGAACAUUAAGCUUUCUGGUACUUUGGGAUAUGUAGCACCAGAGUAUCUUUUAGAUGGUAAGUUGACCGAGAAAAGUGAUGUCUAUGCUUUUGGAGUUGUCCUUUUGGAGCUUCUUAUGGGAAGAAAGCCUGUAGAAAAGAUGGAAUCAACUGAAUGCCAAUCUAUUGUCACAUGGGCCCUGCCUCAGCUCACUGAUAGAUCAAAGCUUCCAAACAUUGUUGAUCCUGUGAUCAGGAACAUGAUGGAUCUGAAACACUUAUACCAGGUUGCUGCUGUAGCUGUUUUGUGUGUGCAACCAGAACCAAGUUACAGGCCAUUGAUAACAGACGUACUGCACUCCCUCAUCCCUCUUGUUCCUGUUGAACUUGGGGGAGCCCUGAGAAUAACAGAAUCUGCACCUUCAAUUGGUCCCAAUUCCUCUUCACACUGAUCAUACAAGUUGGCACCAGGGCAUGCAAUUUUUUCGCUGGACUGCACCAUAUCAGGAUCCUCAGUUGCUCCAAAUACAGGUUGAUGGUUUCAUAUCAGUUUCAGUUACUCAAGUAACACAACUGACAAUUUCAUAUGGCCAGACUGUUCUUCCAUCAGUUCCAUGUAUUCCUGCUAUCUGCUAGGAUGAUUACUUUUCUUCGGAGCUGGGGAAGAUGAAACUUUGUCCUGUUACAGUGGAAAGGCUUUGGUUCACAGUUGUAAAUUGAAGCAAAAUGAUUUAGUUGUUGCAUACAUUUCAAAAUUACCUGUGAAGGUGAGGAAUGUUCGAAAACUGUUUAGCAAAUUGAGCAAAUCACAAUUUUUGGCCUUACAUUUCUGAAGCAAAA